UGGCAGUGCCAACGCAGUGAUAGUGUAAGGUGAUAGUGCUCAUGCGACGCAUUGCACUUUUCGGAUGUCCUACCGCACUGUUAACGCAAUAUUAAUAUAUUAAGUGGGCGUGCGGGGGUGACUGGAGUGAUGGGAUGGGGCCAGAGCCCCAUGGAGUUCGGGUAGACCCGUCUCCGGCCCAGCUCCCCAGCCCCCUCCGCCAUCGAUAUCGACAUCGCUCCUGCCAGCGACGCAGAGGGCCGCCUCGAUCGCGAUGGAGGCCUCUAGCAAUCAACAACAAAAAGAGAAGGAGCCACGCGUUCACAGGCCUUACGCCUUCGACAAGAUGGAGGGGCUGGUGCGGGAGAUGCAAGACCCUGAGAGCGGGGUACCCGUGCGCAGCCAAAAACAAUUUCUCACCUCGAUACCUUCAGCGUUCAUGGGUGAGUGCCAUCGGUACCUGCGUUGUGGAGUAAGCGUAAGCGGCCAUCACGGCCAGGACACUACAGUAGGCUGCCUGCGUGUUGCAGGUUACGACCUCAUCGAGUGGCUGAUGGAGCGGCUUGCCAUCGAAGAAUCAGUAGAGGCGGUCCAUAUUGCUAAUCAACUAUGCCAGUAUGGCUACUUCUUCCCGGUGAAUGACUCCAAGACACUUACUGUUAAGGACGAUAGCUCUCUAUAUAGGUUUCAGACACCCUAUUAUUGGCCGUGGCAACAUAGAACCCCCGACAACGUGGAGUACGCGAUCUAUCUGGCUAAACGAACUCUGAGGAACAAACAACGUCACGCUCUUGAGGAUUAUGAGAUCGAAGCUUUGAAUAGCCUGCGUAAGAACUUGCAGAACAAGUGGGACAUAAUACAAUUACAAGCGGAAGAACAGGUACGCUUAUCUAAGGAGCGCAAGAAAGGUGACAAGAUUGUGAGCGAUUCGCAGGAACGAGCAUUUUGGAGAGUAUAUCGGCCACCACCUGGUUGUCUGAGUAGCCUGGAAGUCGUGCCCGUAUCCACUCGUUUUCGUCCUGGACUUCCACGACCUCCGUCACGUAAACGCACUCUCACCGAUCUGCAACGUGAGGUGGCCCUUCUACGGAACAGUUUGAUACGCACGAGGAUAAAAGUUUCGACUGCGAUCGAAAAUUUGAAAUCAUAUUUCGAAACGUACGUGGAAUACGAUCCAAUGUUCGUACAACCGCAACCUUCCAAUCCAUGGAUCACCGACGAUCAUACGUUUUGGCAAUUGAAUAAUAGCUUAGUGGACGUUCCUACAGAAAAACGUGUUAAACGAUGGGGGCUGUCGAUGGAAGAACUUAUGUCUGAUCCUACAGGUUUACAAGAAUUCACAAAUUAUUUAAGAAAGGAGUACAGCCACGAGAAUAUAAGAUUUUGGCUGGCGGUCAAAGAUCUCAGGCAUAGUUUUCAAGCACAAAUACCUGACAAAGUCAACGAAAUUUUUAGAGAAUUCCUGGCACCUGGAGCUCCGUGCGAAAUCAAUAUAGACGGGAAAACGAUGGAGAGGAUUCAUCAGGAAAUGAAAAAUCCAAGCAGAUUUACAUUUGAUUCCGCCGCGGAGCAUGUAUAUACGCUACUGCUAAAGAAGGACUGCUACCCUAGAUUUAUUCGUUCCGAUCAAUAUCGUAAUCUCUUAGCUGCCGGCGUGCAACCUUUGCAGAAGAAGAGAUUUUUCGGCUUCGGUGGCCAAGCAAAGAAGAAAGUUUCCUCCACUUCGACACCAACGUCUAGCACUUUGCAGCACGCUAAUAUAGGUAGUGGCGGCAGACGAAGAGGAAGCGACCGGAGUCUAUCUGGAAGCGCCCACGAGCUCGCGGUGUGCGGCGUCCGUGACGUCAGUUCCGCGCCGCGUGUUCCGCACUCCCACAGCCAGUCGAAUCUCACCGACAUUCCAUACAGGGGAGAUCUACCACGACUCGUAAAGAUACCUUCGAGGCCUAGUCCACGUAGUAUUCAGGAUGCUGGCGCGACGGAAGUGGCAGUUCGCCCUAUGGACGACGUGUGCCCGUGGGAGGCCGUGCCGGGUCCGAGCACGGAGCAUGGGACAACGGGAGACACCGUGUCCUCUGGAAAGACAGUGUCAGCUGAUCAGGCCCGACACGUGUGGGACAGUGGCGGUCACGGGAUGACCGCACAUUCCGUCGAGGCGCGUGUCUCCCGGAAGAAUUCGGCACAGUUGGACUCGUGCAGCUCGUCGUCGGAUGUCAGCCUUGCUAUCGCGGACGUCUCCGAACGGUUGCGGAAGUCGUGUAGUUUGCAGCAUAGCGGUAGCAUAGGUACAUCGACUUCAGGCCCGAUAACGCGAAAUUAUUCUACCUGCUCAGCGAGCGGUCGUAUCAGGCUGGCCGAGAUAGGUCGUAUAUCCGUGUCAUCCUGUAAUUAUCCGUCGCCCCAACAGUCAUUCGAGUACUCCCACGCGGUGGUCGAAAAGGUGGAAGAGAGAUCAUCUCUGGAGAAGAUCGUACCCGAGGAGGAAACUGUCGCGGAAGCCGUCGUCGUCAAGGAGAGCCAGUCGAGUCCUAAGACGAGCGCGAAGGCGCCCUUGAUCAGCAUCAGCGCGAUCGUAGGCGAUCUACCAAGUGACAAUUCCACGAUGGAGAACGUCGACGAGGAUGCGAGCGAAAGCUGCACGGCAAAGGAUGCGGGAGAGAUCGUCGGUGAGGAGAAAACAAAAGGCGAGGACUCGCGGGCCGACACCGGGACGGACGUGUCACCGGUGGCCGAGGAACCGGCGACGACCGAGAUGCUGCCCGAGGAAGCGCAGGUCGUACCUGUCUGGGAACCGGACGCCCAACAGGAGGAUCGACCGGCGGCGGCGAUGGCAGCGGCGGCGGCGGCGGCGGCGGCGACGGCGCAGGCAGAGCCUCGGGAGAAGCGUGACAAUAAUGUUAACGAAGUAUGCCCGUGGGAGGACGAGGAAAACUGUAGAGUGGAUGCACCCUAUGUAAAAACUUAUGCGACUUUAGGUUACUUGUAAUUUGUCGUUGAUAUUAAAUCUUGCAUUUUACAUUUACAACAUUCACAAAUUCGAUUUCCACUUUAAUCCACUUUACUGAUCUCGCGUGUCCAGACCCUUGCGCGACGAAGCUUCGAUCGCUUCCUUAAUUAAGCAAAGACA